UUGUCGCCUGAUGGGGAUCCGGAACCAGUAACGCAGGACGCAUUGGGCCAAUAUCUUGUACAGAAAAUCUUCGAUUGUACAAGCGUUCAGAUUGUACCAUUAGCAGGCAUUGCCUCAGUCUUGUGUACCGACUGCAAAACACGCGUGGAGGACUUUUAUCUGUUUCGUUACCAGUGUAUUAAAAACAACGAAGCUCUUAAUGAAUUUGCUGCACAAUUCCGCGAAUCGCCAUUUCACAAUUCAGAAUCAGAAAUUGUUGCUUAUUUCAACGAGCUUGUGCAACAAACUGAUGAUAUGUUGCCGAUUUCACUACAAAGGCAGGAUCCCGAAACACAAGAUUUUAAUACCAUUAGUUUGGAUCAUACAUAUAAUGCACAAGAGACAAACAUAGUGCACGAGUUUGAUGACGGCGAUGGUCCUGAACUGUCGGAAGUAAAGUUGGAACACAAUGAUGACCAUACAUCUGAAGUUCUUGAGCAAGCGGAUCCCCUUGACACUGAACCUAAACAGUCAACAUAUCCGGAAACCAAUGAGGAUAUUAAAAUGAAUAACGAAGAGGGAAGAAAUCAGUGCCUAAAGGAUUCUGCUCCCAGCACAGUUCAAGUCCUGCCACAAGCUGAUUUGCGGUUAUUUGAAGAGCCGAUGGAACGAAUUCACACUGAAGAACCUCCUUUUGUAUGCAAAAUCUGCAGCAAAAUAUUCAAAACCCGCGCUAUACUGCUCAAACAUGCAAAAACCCAUAAUAAGGACGAACACCAUCGAUGCACGCACUGUUCCGCAAGUUUUGUGUCACGGCGGUGUUUAGUUAUUCACCUUCGUCAUCACACUGGUGAAAGGCCUUUUGAGUGCCAACUCUGCAAAAAAAGAUUUAUUUCGAAGUCCUCCUUAAACAGCCACAACCGAAUUCAUAACAAGGAUCAACAUCACCAAUGUCCUCAGUGUCCCGCUAAGUUGUUAACCCCAGGGAAGCUAAUGAUUCACAUGCGAAAUCGUCAUACGGGUGAAAAACCUUAUGUUUGCAAAACCUGCAACAAAGCUUUCAGUAAUUCUACGAUCUUGCUCAAACAUAGAAGAAUUCAUAUCAAUGACAGACAAUAUCAAUGUCCACACUGUCCCGCUAAGUUCUACGAUUCACCUUACCUUAAAAUACACAUUCGCUAUCAUACCGGAGAAAGGCCUUAUGUGUCCUGCGUCAAAAAUAACGACGUUUCGAAAUAG